AACAGCGAAAGAUGAAGUGGGUUGUACUGGUGCUCUCGUUGGCCACUAUCGCGACUUCCGCGAAUGUCGAUAUCGACUGGAGUAAGGUUCGUCCAGCAUGGCAGAUGACAGGCCAUUGGCUGCAUCACUCAUCGAGUAGUAAUCCGAGUACCAUGGUCGUCGGAGGAGAGGAGGCCUUUCCCGGACAAUUCCCAUAUAAAGUUGCGGUGCUCAGUGAAUUUUCCAACGGAAUAGGUUUAUGUGGCGGAUCGAUUCUAUCGGAAAACAGUAUACUGACUGCCGCACAUUGUGUUAGUCUUCAAGAAAACGCCAUUGGGGGCACGAUUGUUAUGGGAGCUCAUAAUUUAACGGAUUCAUCCGAGCCUAGUCAAGUGCGGAUUCGAUUUACAAGGGAGGAAAUUUGUGUACAUCCCGACUGGAACAUGAAUUUACUUCGCAAUGAUGUGGCUAUUAUUCGCCUGAAAAACAACAUCCAAUUUACCGAUAGAAUUCAGAAGAUUAAUUUGCCACCACCGACGACAGAAUCGUUUGCCGGUCAAACUGGAACCGUGUCAGGCUUCGGUGUUUUCUCAGAUGCCGAACGAGUAGCAUCAGAGGUACCGCGUUUCGUGAGUAAUCCGGUUAUGGCAAACCCAGCGUGCAAUAUUCGUUUCUUCGGAGUGAUUCAACCAGAGCAUAUUUGCAAGUCCGGUGCUGGAGGUCGUGGCGCCUGUAGUGGAGAUUCCGGAGGUCCAAUGACUACUACAUACAAUGGAAGACACGUUCAAAUUGGUGUCGUAUCAUUUGGACUAGCUCUCGGGUGCGAAAGAGGUUGGCCCUCCGUGUAUGCACGUACUUCCUCGUAUCUGAACUGGAUCGAUAGUGCAAAACAGCUUGGACAAUGUAUGGUUCUGAACUAAACGUUGAACUUCGACCAUAUUGAUGAUAAAAUGGCAAUCGGCACCAUAACAACGCUUAUGAGUUAUUUCGAAAACUUGUCAUGAUAACGGCACAUGGCACCAAAGAAAAACUUGUAAUGGAAAUCGAUUGCAAUCCAAAUAAAUAUUUCAGCUCAGCUCACAAGA